AUGGCCACGGAUUUUUCUUGUAUACGACCAGACGCAAACCCAUAUCUAUCUAUCUAUCUAUCUAUCUAUCUAUCUGCUUGUCUGUCUGUUUUCCGGAAACUCUGCCUGAAACUGAAUAUAGCCGUUUCUGUCUGUUCAUAUCAACUUUUUUCUAUCUAUCUAUCUAUCUAUCUAUCUAUCUAUCUAUCUAUCUAUCUAUCUAUCUGUCCUUAUCUAACCACACAUUUAUAUCAAACUUUUAAUGACAUUUCUUAUCUGUUUCUCCCUCUGCUUCCUUCUGUUCCUAUCGAUUUAUAUGAUACUUCAUAUUUCUUUGCCUGUCCGAACAUGAUGAUGUGUUUUCAUAUCUAUCCCUCUUCCUCGUUUUGUAGAUCUAUCUAUCUAUCUAUCUAUCUAUCUAUCUAUCUAUCUAUCUAUCUAUCUGAACCCGAUCAUGAUUGUCUCUGUCUAAUCAUAUCCCCUAUUUUCAUCAUAUUAAUGUCCCCACCUCUCUCUCUCUCCUUCUCUCUCUCUCUCUAUGUUUAUCUCUCUGUCUUGAACAUUAUUAUAUUUACUUUUGUCUGGCCCGCUUUCUUCAUUUCCAGCUACCUUCUUAUGUCAGUUAAUACUUAUCUCUUUUUCCUUGGGUGA